CGGCAACGCGCGGUCCGGAGAGGAGGGGGAAGCCGGUGGCCGCGGUGGCGGAACGGGCGGACGCUGCCGGUUUCGUAACCGUCGCUCCUCCUCGCUGACUCGCGGGCUGCGAGGCCUGGGUCGGGUCGGGCCGCGCCGCGCGGGGCCGCUCGGAGUGGAGGCCGCCUGGGGGCGGGCGGGCCGGAGGCUCAGGUACAUGUGAAGAGUUUUUGGCAUUUUAGCGUGGAGUCUGUUGAUCACAUCGCUCUGAAUUCUACCUGUUCUGUGUUGGCAAAGGAAAGUGGCCAAAUGAGCAAGAUAGCGCAGCCAGCCAGCACGCCAGGAGUGAACGGGAUAAGUGUUAUUCAUACUCAGGCACAUGCCAGCGGCUUGCAGCAGGUUCCCCAGCUGGUGCCCGCCGGCGCUGGGGGCGGAGGCAAAGCUGUGCCUCCAAGCAAGCAAAGCAAAAAGAGCUCACCCAUGGAUCGAAACAGUGAUGAAUAUCGCCAGCGUAGAGAGAGGAACAACAUGGCUGUGAAGAAGAGCCGGUUAAAAAGCAAGCAGAAAGCCCAAGAUACACUGCAAAGAGUGAACCAGCUCAAAGAAGAGAACGAGCGCUUGGAGGCAAAAAUUAAGCUGCUGACCAAGGAGUUAAGUGUACUCAAAGAUUUGUUUCUUGAGCACGCACACAACCUUGCAGACAACGUGCAGCCCAUUAGCACUGAAAACAUGACCACAAAUUCUGAUAACACGGGACAGUAGACCCCAGCCCUUCCAGACUUACAGCCUGUGGCCUGAAUGUUAAAGGUGUGACCACCUGACACCACUCGGAUCAGUGGCCGAACGUUUUUUGUUCCACUACUCAAAGAUCCAUUGGAGGCUAUUUUCUAGGAUCAGCACUGAAGAGUUGAUUAGCCAUGUAAUUUAACUAUCUGGUCUGAAAUGCUAACAGAUUUUUGUAGUGAUUAAAAAAAAUGUAAGGUAUAUGGUGAAAAUUCCUGGACCUUGAUAUUCUUAAUAAAUCCCGGCUUCCCCAGAAAUGUUUCUUUUUUAGGUUGACGGAAGGAAUUAAACUGGCAGGUCAUAGAAGGUUCUGGGUUUUAAUGAGGUAACUAAUUGGAUUAAGAAAACUGAAUUCUAAAAGACAAACUGAAUUCUAUCUAUGUUCAUCCAUUUGUGAUUUUUCUUCUAAAUUGUGUGGUAUAAACUUUAGGACUACAGAAACCAGUCAUAAUUUGGCACUGUUGUAUAGAUAGCAUAAACUUGUGUUAGCCACAAUUAGUAUUUUUCCCAGCAACAUUUUGAAUACUGAUGUCAGGUAAAGAACCACAUUCACAUCUCAGAGGUAGUAUGCAGGCUAACUAGUUAAAAAUAGAAAUUGCAUUUAGGAAGCAAAGAGAGGUUUUGUUUUGUUUUGUUUUAAAAGGCAUAGAGGUGCUUUUGGGAUCCUUUGGCUUUUUGGAUUAGCAUUAUGUUGUGUCCUAAAAACAGUAUCUCGCUGUGUACCAACUUUGUAGUUUCCUUAGAUGCUAGUAAAGUAAGCAUUUGUUUUGGGGAGAUACUAUUUUGAUAGCCAAAUUAGUAAAUAAAAUGUCUUAAUGGUUUGAUGAUACAAGCUACUGAUUAGAAUUUGGGAGACUAAUUCAUUUGGUUUCUUCUGUAUUCAGAAUAACUGCCAGUGGAGCCAUGGGUUUUAAAGGCAAAGUUUGUGUGUGUGAAGGCACAUUUUGGUAUUUGAUCUCAACCAAAUGAUUAUUAGAAAUAUAUUAACUCCAUGCCAUCUGCUAAAAGAAUAGUCUAGGAAAACUUGAAAGUAUGAGGUUUUAAUUUAUUUCAUUGAAAUCUUUUUUUUUUUUUAGUUAGUAAGAUGUUCUUCCAGACUUUAUGUAUCACUGCUUCUGUUUAUACGUUUGUAUGCUUUUAUGUUCUGUAUAAAUUAUUUUAGAAAGAAAAUGCUGAUAAACUCAGGAUAUUGACUUUCUUUUUGAGACUAAACUGGCAGUCACUACAUAGGCCCUUUAGUCUGCCUUUAUAUCACUGUUGGUAGUCUGUAGAUUGUCUUUGUUAGCUUUUUGUUUUUGCACAAUUCUAGCUCAAAUUCGUUGGUUUCUGAGAUGGUAAUGGUGACUACACAGGAGCUGUACGUGAUUAAAGUUUGUGUUCCCAGGUACCUCAUUUGAACAUGGUAAUUUCUGGCCCCUUUGUUGCUGUCUGCUCAGACUUGGGUUAAUGUAACCCAAAUGUAACUGAGCUUGCUCCCUGGGUGUGUGGGAAGAAUGUGGACUUCUCUCUUCUGGGCAAAGAUACUAGUGCUCAGCAACUCAGCAAAGCCAUUUAGGGCACAAGAGCCUGGUGUUGCAUGAGACACUGUUCUAAGGAACCAAGAAACAGACUGGAGGCUUUUAAAAGUUAGGGCUCAGUACCAGUUUGCUUCUGGCGGACUAGCCCUCUACACUGUAAAAUCGAUAGAUGCUUUAGAUAACAAGGAUACAUGCACACAACCCUAAUCUACCAGCUGGUUGAUAUUAUAGAAACUUAAUUGGAGAUGUAGUUAGGUUGCACUGAACCUUUAAAUACCUGUCACAGGUGUUUCAGACAUUUGAAUUUCUUUUUACCAAAAAAUAGCUUUUCUAAGUGGGUGUUCUCAGAAUUUUUAGUCACCAGUGAUAUGACUUAGCUCUAUCUUAAAAGCUGGAGGAAAGUCAGCACUCAAUAUUUCAAAUCAAAACAUAAAAAUCAGCUCAUACUUUCCUGUUAGUGUUUGUAAAUCAAAUUGUUAGCACCAGCAAACAGUUCUGAUAGAACAAAAUGUAAACCAUUUUAUCUUACCCAAAAAAAGUUUUUAGUUUGAUAGAUUAAUCAGUAUAGAACUGAGGGGAACUACGUGUGGGGAGUAAGUUUAGAGCUUUGGGAAUUGUAAAUGGCUUGUGUAAGUUUUGUGGACAGUCUGGUGGUUUAGGGGUUAAGUUGCAGUGGGGUCUCCAGCUGCAGCAGAGUCUCCUGGGAUGGGAGCUUUCUGACUAGUUUUGGCUGCGGAUGUUUGAGAUCAGAGCAGCCCUUUCUGUGCCUGGCCCCUUUUCACAGAAACUGGAAUUCUUAACAAGGAGUAGUAAGAUUUUACGAAUAUAACCAGAUUUGUGAAGUUCAGGUCUCGAUUACAUUCAUUUUAUGCAGUUUUCAAUUUUAAGAAGUAGCAAUAUGUAGUUUGUAAGGAAGGAGACUCGCUGUUUCUUAACCCCACUAGAGGGCUGACUCUACCUGAACAACUCAUUCAGCACUUAGAGUGCGUUUGAUGCCUUAGAAAUAGAAAAGUUUUUGUUUGACAAGCUAGGAAAGAUUCCAUUCUACAGCUAAUUCGAUGCCUCAGGAAAAAGUGCUAACUUGUUCUCUUUGUUCCUGACUUUCAGUUUGUGAGAUUACUCUAUUUUUAAAAAAUAUUUUAUUUCUUUCAACGAAUUUAAAAUAAAAAAAAGAACACGUUUGGAACAGUG